AGCAAUGCAUUUUGGGACACCAAUAUGGCGCCCUCUGUGAUGGUGUAAGAUGUUAUGUUCUCGAUUAAGCUGAUUUUUUUCGUUAUUAGUAACAGAGUUCAGUAAUUAUUACACUCCUAUAUUACCGUAUAACAUGGCGGGUUUGUGGUUUAUCCGGGGAGCGUUCACCGGUCUCGGUGUUAAAGCCGUGACGCCUCUCUGGGGAGCUGCAUCUCUUGCGAGGGUCCGGGUCAAACUGUACAGCCAGGACUCGGGUAAAAAUGGCCGCGGUCAGUUUGUUUGUUGCCCUCUUCCGCACAGGACCCUGCUAAAGAUUCAAGGACAGGAUACAAGCCCGUUUCUUCAGGGGAUUAUAACUAAUGACAUGAAGCUGUUGGAGGAGCCUGGGUGCGCUGCCAUGUAUUCACACAUGCUGAAUGUGCAAGGCCGAACCUUGUAUGACAUCCUGUUGUACAGUCUGAAAGAAGCAGAAGUAGGAAAUGGUGUUUUCCUGGAGUGUGACAGCAUGGUUCAGAACUCAAUCCUAAAACACUUGAAGGUGUACAAGAUCCGGAGAAAAGUGAGCAUUGGCCUUUGUCCGGAGCUGGCUGUGUGGGCUGUACUUUCACAGCAGAGCAGCCCAGAUCAAGAGGCCAAUAAACCUGAGCUUUCUGCCCCUGAAAAUGCUCUGGUGUGGGAGGCUGAUCCCCGAACUGUGCAAAUGGGGUGGAGACUGGUAUUACAGAGUCAGGUUGACCCUUUGGAAAUCAUUGCAUCUUGUCAGAAAGGAGAAACAGAGGACUACCACAGACAUCGCUACUCAAUAGGACUUCCAGAGGGAGUAAACGAUCUUCCCCCUGGGGUAGCACUACCACUGGAGUCUAACCUCGUCUACAUGCAGGGUAUCAGCUUUAGCAAAGGCUGCUACAUCGGCCAGGAACUCACGGCCAGGACUCAUCACACUGGGGUGAUACGAAAACGCCUCAUGCCAGUACGCUUCUCAUCUCCUGUCCAACAACUCGGGGAAGAAGCCGCACUCCAGACGCAGUCCGGCAAGCCAGCUGGUAAACACCGAUCGGGCGUUGGGGAGCUGGGACUGAGCCUAAUCCGCACUGCUCAUGCCAAAGAAGUGUUGAUGCUGAAAUCUUCCGACGACGACACAGUGACACUUGAGGCCUCCGUGCCAGACUGGUGGCCUAAAGAUGUGAAAUUUAACUGAAGAGGACGUUCUAUUGCUCCUUGAAAUGUGACAUGGAUCAGAUCUGACAGAUUUAUGACUGACAAAACCCUCAAGAAUUCUGUUACACUGCCUUUGGUUUAACAUGUUUUGUCUUAACCAAAACCAGCUUAUUUAUCUUAAACCUAUUCUUUGUUAUGUAUAGAAAAUUAUAUAUCUAAAAGAUGAGUUUCCAUUGGUGCCUAUUAAAAAAUAAAUGCAACACAAACACUA